ACUUCUGCAACCCAGGAGUAGUAGGUAGCUUCGCUGAAGAUAAAAAGAUGCUUCCAACAAGCAUUUACGUUUCUUUAUUCCUUCCUUUAAAUGAGAGGACAGGAUUCUGGUCUCCAACUGAACAUGUUUCUUUAUUCCAUCGCUUAAGUGCGGUUGUGUAUCUCUGUGGUGACCAGCGGUUUUCUCAACUCUCAAUCGAACUAGCCAAGCACUCAAUUACCAAGCCCAAGCCGGGGGAUAGACCAAGAGAAGCAGAGGAGCAAGCCAUGAACACUAGCGUUGGACCCCCCGCAGACAUGAGCAAUACUACUCUCAACCCGCUAUGGAAUCAAUGGGAGAUCCAAUGCUUGGUGCUGGCGAGCUUCUCCUUGCAAGUCUUCCUCCUUUUUUUUCCAGGAGUCCGAAAGCGCCACAGCUCCCGUGUGCUCAGCUUGCUGCUGUGGAUAGCAUACCUGCUGGCUGACUACGUCGCAACCUUCACCCUCGGCCGCCUGGCGCUCCACCUCAAUGACCCACGCCACCAGCUCCUGCUCUUCUGGACUCCCUUCCUGCUCCUCCACCUCGGUGGACAGGAGACGCUCGCGGCCGUCGCCACGGAGGACAGCUUGCUGUGGAAGCGCCACCUCCUAAGCCUCGUCUCGCAGUUCAUGCUGUCCGUCUACAUCGUCACCAAGUCAUGGCACUUUGUCAGCACCAAGCAACUUAUGCUUCCCAUGGUGCUGAUGUUCAUUUCUGGGACAAUCAAAUACACAGAGAGGACAUGGGCGCUCAUGACCGCUGGCAGCUCCAUGACGCCCGAGAGCAACUCCAUAUCGGACUAUGUGCUCAACGUAGAGAGUAGUGUCCUUGAUGAGGCAAAGUCCUAUUUCGAGAGGCUCCAUGAUCUUUUAUCAAGUGACAGCCAGGACAAGAUAGAUUACGAGGGCCUCGUGGAGGUGGCCGGGAAGGGUAUCCGGAUAUGUUUGGAUUUCUUGACAGACAUGACCCCUUCCUUGAAGUGGAACAAAGGCGACACCAUCGACCGCGCCAUCAGGAAGUUAAGAGGCCUGAGGAAGCCAGAGCUCCGGCACCAGAUCGCUUACAAGUUGGCUGAGAUCCAGCUCUCACUCGUCUAUGACUUCAUGUACACAAAGUACGGAGUGCUCCAGUACCACCUCAACCUCGUCUACAGUGGGAUCGAGCGGCUCAUCACGUUUGGCGCAACCUCCGUGGCGCUUGUGCUGUUCCGAAAGGCUGACCUGGAUGGGCAAUUCGCCGACGACUUGAGAGCCGAUGUCAUGGUAUCCUACGUGCUGUUAGUCGGUGCAGUUGCACUGGAUUUGACCUCCAUCUUCAUGGUCAUCUCGUCAUACUGGCCUUACCUACCUGGCCGAAGCCUAUUUGGGAAUGAUGGAUUCCCAGGUAAGAGUGCAAUGUUCAAUCUGACCAAGCUUGUCCAUCCACUAGGGAAAGAGUUGUGGUCAGGGCAGAUGGCGCAGUAUAACCUGAUCGGUGAGUGCAUCCAGGAAAAGAAAGCUAACUUGUUCGUAUGGGCUCUGCGCAAGGUUGGGCUUGUAUCUGAAGUCAAGCACAUACAAGUAUCUCCUGACCUCAAGGAGUUCGUCUUCAGAAAGCUGCUGGACGUAGGGGCCACUAAAAAAGUAACCGAGUACUGGGGAAGGGACUUCAGCACAUUCCACGGCCAGUGGGCACUGUGGGCGCUGGAAGCGACGGCAGAAGGAAGGUCGAUCGACCAGUCAAUCCUAAACCUGGAGGGAGGGACUGUCGCGGGGGUCGUCCUUAUGUGGCAUAUGAUCACUGAGAUGUGCUUCUACACUACAGCAGAUGAGGACAGCUCCUCCUCAAUGCACAGGGACAUUAGUAGGGAGCUGUCCGAGUACGUCAUGUACCUGGUCGGGAAGUGCAGUGUCAAGAACGCAAGCAGUGGCCACUUCGAGUUUGGUAAGGUUCGGCGCGAUGUGAGGAAAGCUCUCACUCAGCAACGUUUCUCUGGAGGGCACCUGGAGCAGAGCAAGGUCAUCCUGUAUGGGUACGAGGGGCAUGGGUUUUUCACAUCCCGUGCCAGUGCAACCGCCAAAGAGCUGCUCAAGAUCACACGCCCAGCCGAACUAUGGGAGCUCAUAGCCACGGUGUGGACUGAGAUGCUUUGCUACCUGGCACAGAACUGUGAGUCGGAAUUCCACAUCAAGAGUUUGAGCACCGGUGGUGAGUUCGUCACGCACGUCAGGGUCUUGUCGAUCAUUUUGGGCAUUCCUUUUAUCCGGGAGGCACGGCAAGCUCAAGCUAAGCACGAGACCAAGUAUUCUGAUUUCGCAAUGUUCUAAAUCAAAUUGCUUGGAGUAUCCCAACUUCAACCCUUUUGAAGAAACUGAUUAUGUUUAGACGGAUUAUGUUGACAAAGAUAAAGCACAGUUCAUGUGUGCUUGUUGUGGAGCUUGUGAGACAUUUUAAGCAAAAAAAAAAAGGAUUCUAUAUUGCUACCUAUUCUGCUAUGAAACAAGGCUUAUGCCAUGUGAAACUUGUAUUUUAUAAGCUACUGUUGUAAGCAGGUGCUUUGAUGACUGCUGAUUGCAGAUGUAUGGUGUUGUAAGAGUUGUAUAUGUAACCUUGUAUUUCACAGUUCCUGAAGUGUGAAUGUGUGAUAUGAUAUUGAAUGUCAUCCAGAUCAAA